AUGGCGGGAAUCGAGAAGAUCGAGGUUCAUAGUAAGUCCUACGUCGUCCGCUGGGUAAAGGUCGACGAAGGAAAUACCUUGUCAUGGAGUGUCCAGCCGCACAAAAAGUCUGUCAACUUUGGCGUCGUCAAGCACCCCGGCAGCGGCGCCACCUCCCUCCUCUCCUCGGCCGGCGACGACAUCGAUGCCGCGCAGACGCACAGCCUCGCCGACUCCAAGUCUGUCCGCAACUCGAAAAAGGAGGCGACGGCCCAGGACAUGCUGGCCGGCAAGGGCUUCGUUCCCAUUUUGUGGCAAGGCAAAUGCGAGGCGGACAAGGUGUCGCUGGGGACCUACGACGUGCAGCCGGGACACAGCGGCAUGUAUGGCCUCGUCUUUGACAAUACCUUCUCCAAGCAGACGUCCAAGACGGCCACCUUUGUCGUGCUCACUUAUCCAACGGGCGCUCCCCCGCGGACCGCCAAUCACGUUCCGAACCUGCAGCUUCCGCAGGCCCAGGUGAGCCAGUCGAGCCUGGGCAAGCUUGGCAGCCCGCGCAGCGAUGUCGGCCCCUCGGCAUCUGUCGACAGCUUUCAAAGUCAAGCUGCCCGCGCGCGAGCAGCCUCGGUAUCUGCCAGGAGCGACCUGGUGGGACAGCAGACGCACCACGUCGGCACUCUUUCCAAGCGGAGGCGAAAGAAGGGCCAAGGAUACGCCCGCCGCUUCUUUUCCCUCGACUACUCGACCUGCACACUGUCGUAUUACUACAAUCGAAACUCGUCGGCGCUACGCGGGGCGAUCCCCCUCAGCCUUGCGGCCGUCGCGGCCGACGAGAGACGGAGGGAAAUAAGCAUUGACUCGGGCGCCGAGAUCUGGCACCUGAGAGCCCCGAAUAACAAAGAGUUUCAAGAGUGGGCACGCGCGCUGGAGAAGGCCAGCCGCAUCGCAAGAGGCGGUUUCGAGACUACACAGCCCCUGAGUGAGCCCAAGCUCAGCUUCGACCAGGGCGCAUUGAAAUCGCCCAGACAACCAGACCGCUCCGAGGAUGUCGAAUGGCAGCAAGUCGAGGCCCUGGUCAGCCGCGUGGUGGGCACUCGCGACGCCCUCCGCCGACUGACGAGAGAGGCUGCCGCGCUGCCGAAGCCCUCGGCCACAGGACAGUAUCUCUCCCCGGGCUCUGCCGCGUUGGGCGACGAUGAGAGAGAGGACUACUUUCAACCAGCAGCGGAGAAGAGGCCGUUCUGGAAGCGCAAGUCGAGCGCGCCGGCCCUGAGCCCAACGAUGGCGACGCAACUGACGUCGUCGUCCGAUAACACGCCGAUAGCAGCACCCCCCAACAACGGCCAAGGCGUGGUCAGCAGCAGGUCCAGAGGAGCGGCGACGGCGGAAAAGUCGAUACACGAUCACUGCGAGGCGCUGCUGUCGGACCUCGACUCGGUCGUUACCGAAUUCUCGACCCUCAUUGCCAGCAGCAGAAAACGACGGACCGUGGUGCCCAUGUCCGCCGGGGGCGCAUCUCGCUUGAGCAUCGAGACGACGUCCACCACGGACGAGUUCUUUGAUGCAGAGGACGCCAGAUCGACGGUCGUCAAGAUUGACGGCAGCGGGGAUGAGUCUCCCCACACAGAGGGCGACGAGGCGGAGACGCGCGACGGCUCGUCCGUCUCGUCGAUGGAUGAAGAGGGGCCACUGAGCACUGACAGUGCCGGCCAUCUGUUUCCGUCCAAGCCAAAGAGCCUGACCCCGCUUCCCAUCGAGAAGCAAGUCCAACGACGGACCACGGUACCACCCGCGACGGUCCAGCCGCCGAGCCUCAUCGCCUUUGUGCGGAAGAACGUAGGCAAGGAUCUUAGCACCAUUAGCAUGCCCGUUUCUGCAAACGAGCCGAGCUCGCUGCUGCAGAAACUCGCGGAGCAGCUAGAAUACGCCCAGCUGCUGGACAAGGCGGCGAGGCAGAAGAGCGCGACGGAGCGGCUGCUUUUUGUCACGGCCUUUGCCAUCUCGCAGUUCAGCAGCGGGCGUGCCAAGGAGCGGGCCAUGCGCAAGCCCUUUAACCCCUUGCUGGGCGAGACAUUUGAGCUCGUCCGAACCAACAAGGAGGUGCCCGGUGGAUUCCGGCUUCUCGUGGAAAAGGUGCAGCACAGGCCGGUCAGGCUGGCCAUGCACGCAGACUCGGCAAACUGGACCUUUGCGCAGUCCCCCGCCCCCGGGCAAAAGUUUUGGGGCAAGAGUGCCGAGAUCACGACCGAGGGCCGGGUCAGGGUGGUGCUGCGCCUAGCCGACGGCGGCGACGAGUUUUACUCGUGGAACAUUGCAACAAUGUUUCUGCGCAACGUGGUGAUGGGGGAAAAGUACGUGGAGCCUGUGGGUACCAUGCACGUCAUCAACGAGAGCACCGGGCACAAGGCCAACGUGGAAUUCAAGAGCAAAGGCAUGUUUGGCGGGAGAAGCGAAGAGGUGCACGUCAGCACAUUUGCGCCCAACGGCAGCGACACGGGAAGCGGGCUGGUCGGCACAUGGACGGCGGGGCUCCGGACUGUGGGGCCGGGCAAGGCGGCGAGCGAAGAGGUGUGGCAGGCGGGCAAGCUGGUGGACAAUGCGGCGCAGACGUACGGCAUGACGCUGUUUGCGGCGUCGCUCAACGAGGUGACGGAGAUUGAGAAGGGAGGGCUGGCACCGACGGACAGCCGACUGCGGCCAGACCAGCGCCUGGCGGAGCAGGGCAAGCUGGACGCGGCCGAGGAGUGGAAGCACAAGCUCGAAGAGGCGCAACGGGCGCGGCGGCGCACCAUGGACGAGCGCGGCGACGAGCACAGGCCGCGGUGGUUUGUCCGGGCCGAGGGGUCGCCCGAGGGAGAGGAGGUGUGGAAGAUCAAGACGGGCAAGGACGGGUACUGGGAAGAGCGAGCACGGGGGAGCUGGACGGGGGUGCCGGCGAUUUUUGAGGUGCCCGACGAGUGA